AUGUUGGAGGAGGUGUUGGAGGAGGUUGGGGCUUUGACUACCGUGAAAUUUUAUCAAACAAAUGUCAUCACAAGAAAGAGCGCACAUGUUGAAACACAAACUGCAGAAAUGCUUACAGCAAUGAACAGAAUUAGUGAGACAGAGGAAAAUUGUGAUCUUGCUAAUAUCAACAAUCCUGGUCCUUUUAAGAAAGUAAAUAAUUCUUUAAUAAAAGCUUUAUCAAUUUGCAAAGAUAAAAAUCCCACGUGGCAAGGAGAUGAAGAUAGGUUUAUUGCACCAGAUAACUAUGGAAAUAGGUCAGAGACAUGUUUUCUGGAAAUUCUUGAUGGCUGUUACAGUGUGACAACUGCAGAAACAUUUGAGAAAGCUGAUCAAGAAAUAAAAGUGGAAGCUCUGCUGCAACUAGGUUCCUCCUACAAAAAUAAGGACAAAGUGCAAAUUGUAGAUUUUUUUUCCACAGUAAUCAAGGCAGAUUACAGGGAAAAAGAGAUAUUCUCUGACAAGCCUGGCAAUGAGGAGACCAAGAAGAUCAGUCCCUACAAAUGGAUUCACAAAGUGUAUGGCAAGUCUUUUAGGAGAAUGCAGAGAUUUUUACAACUGGGAAGAAAUCAGGUUUCCAAAUCUUACUGGAGUGGCUGUUCAGUGGUUACCUGUUCGGUGGAAAGCAUUCCCAGCAAAGAGACAGAUGGCACUGAGGUAGAAGAAAGAAAACAUUCUGAAAAUAACACACACAGUCCAUUAGGCAGAAGGGUCAAAGGUGCUGCUGGGCCACUGUACUUUGCUAUUUAUAGUAUUUCAGUUUUAGAUGAUGUAUAUACAAUCUUAUGUAAAAAUGGAAGGAGUCACUGCCUCUCAAAAGAGCACAGCACUCAUGAGAGAACACUUCAGAACCGUGGAAACACCAGCACUAAUACACCAGAUGGAUUAGUAGAGGGAUACCUGAGAAUUACAAGGGUUCCUGGACAUCACAGAGAUGCAACAAAAAGAACAUCUGAACCUGUAACUCAUAUCUGUACCUAUCAGUUUCUUAUUUUGGCUUCUAAAGGGUUUUGGGAGGUUUUGUAUUACAAUGAAGUACUGGCACCACCUCUAACAACAUCCACUCCUUAUUUGAGAAUGCAUGAAUGGUGUUCAACGAAACAGGACUUCUCCAUGUGUCAGUAUUCAAUGUCCCUCACUGAAGACAACCUAAAUGACUCAAAUGCUAUUAAUAAUUUGCAAGAUGGAAUACAGAUAUUGUAUUCUAAUAAAGAUAUUUUUCACAGUGACUCAAAAUGCAAUCUGAAACAAAAUAAAUGAAAGUGUUCUAGGAGGAACUACACACAAAGAUGGAGUUCCUAAGGAAACUGACAACAAAGAAAACCCAAACCA